GAUCAAACUGUCAGAAACACACACUUCCUCACCUCUCUAUAAAGCUCUGAGAUGGCCAGCAAAGCUUUGGUUCUUGUCCUUCUUUUCCUGGAGCAAUCCAUUCCUUCAGAGUCUGCAAAGAUCCUGACUGUGUGCUUAAUAGGAGGUAGUCAUUACAUGCUGCUGGAUGAGAUCUCACAUACCUUCCACGAGAGGGGACACAAGGUGCGAAUGCUACUGCAGAUGGGAACCCCCAUUAUUAAAGGAUUAAACUACGUGGGUCGACCAAACAGUUACCAGAUUACGCAAUGGUCUGUCAGUGAGGAAUAUAUCAAGGAAUACAACAAGUGGUUUUUCGAAAAACAGAAAGAAUUUCUACAGGGCAGGCAUAAGUUUUAUUAG